ACAUCAAUAUUCAAUGGUACUCAAAUCAUGGCAAGAAAAAUGACAUUGAACAAUAACAAAAUAAUUUAUGCGGUCAACAAAACUGGUUGAUGAGAAUAUACUUAAAGGUGCAUUUUUCUUAAUAAAUAAAAUAAGCGAACAAAGAAAAUUGUAUGAUAUGAAAUUAUGAAUAUUUGAUUAAAAGGACUGGUUUCAAGUCCCGAAAACUUUGCACGCAGAGAUAGAAAAUGGCCGGUGAUCACGAAAUCAACGCAGCUCUACUUCAAAACGAAAGCGCCUCCGAGCCGGACGGCGAGGAUUCUCCGAUCGAGCAGGUGGCACUCACGGUUCCGGUCACCGACGAUCCGUCACUGCCUGUCUUCACUUUCAGAACAUGGAUCUUAGGAACUCUAGCUUGCGUUCUUCUCUCGUUCCUCAACCAAUUCUUCUGGUACCGCAAGGAGCCGUUGUCCAUGACGGCGGUCUCGGUGCAGAUCGCGGUGGUGCCGCUGGGGCACCUGAUGGCGUCGACGGUGACGAAGCGAGUGUUCUUGAAGGGGAAGAGGUGGGAGUUCACGCUGAAUCCGGGGAAGUUCAACGUGAAGGAGCACGUGCUCAUCACAAUAUUCGCCAAUUCGGGAGCUGCUAGCGUCUACGCCAUAUAUUUCGUGAGCGUAGUCAAAGUCUUCUAUCGGAGGGAGUUAUCCAUGUUUAUGGCGGCGCUGGUGAUUAUAACCACGCAUUUAUUGGGCUUUUGUUGGGCCGGACUUUUCCGACGGUAUUUGGUGGAGCCCGCCGCUAUGUGGUGGCCCCAAAAUCUCGUUCAGGUCUCGCUUUUCAGGGCACUGCAUGAGAAGGAGGAGAGGCCAAAGGGCGGGUUAACUCGGAAUCAGUUCUUCCUCAUAGCAUUUGUGUGUAGUUUUGCUUAUUAUGUCUUCCCAGGCUACUUGUUCCCAAUGUUAACAUCACUUUCCUGGAUCUGCUGGAUGUUUCCAAGUUCUAUUCUUGCACAACAGUUUGGUUCAGGGCUGCGUGGACUUGGAGUUGGGGUUGUUGGUUUUGACUGGUCCAGUAUAUGUGCUUAUCUUGGUAGCCCUCUGGCUAGUCCUUGGUUUGCUACGGUUAAUGUUGCUGCUGGUUUUGCCAUUUACAUAUAUGUUAUCACGCCCAUUGCUUAUUGGCUGAAUAUUUACAAGGCAAGAAGAUUUCCCAUUUUUUCAGAUGGUCUAUUCAUGUCCAAUGGCCAAAAAUACAACAUUUCAGAUAUUGUAAACUCCAACUUUCGCCUUGAUCUGGAGGCUUAUGAGCGUGAGGGCCCUCUUUAUCUUAGUAUCAAUUUUGCUAUGGCAUAUGGCUUUGGUUUUGCUUGCCUUGCUGCAACCCUUGUUCAUGUAAUGCUUUUCAAUGGGAGUGAAAUAUUGCAGCUAAGCAAGUCUGCCUUCCAAGAGAAGAAGAUGGAUAUACACACAAAGCUCAUGAGAAAAUAUUAUAAACAAGUUCCUGAAUGGUGGUUUAUUUGCAUUCUUUUGUUCAACAUCACGGCAAUUAUUUUUAUAUGCGAAUAUUAUAAUGAGCAACUCCAGCUGCCAUGGUGGGGUGUGUUUUUAGCCUGUGGUGUUGCCAUAUCGUUCACACUUCCGAUUGGAGUAAUCAGAGCCACAACAAAUCAGGCACCAGCUUUGAAUGUGAUCGCAGAGUACAUAAUUGGAUACGUCUACCCGGGAUAUCCUAUUGCUAACAUGUUGUUUAAAGUGUAUGGGAACGGGAGUAUGAAACAGGGGAUUUUCUUUUUGGAGGACUUUAAGCUUGGUCACUACAUGAAGAUUCCUCCCAGAGCAAUGUUCGUAGCACAGAUACUUGGCACCACCAUAUCUGCAUUGGUGCAUUUAGGAACGGCAUGGUGGCUCAUGAACACUAUUCCAGACAUAUGCAAUAGAGAAUUGAUUCCAGUAGGUAGUCCAUGGACUUGUCCUAGAGAUCAUGUAUUCUAUGACGCAUCUGUGAUAUGGGGCUUGAUAGGGCCUCAAAGAAUUUUUGGAAAUCUUGGACAUUACUCGGCCAUAAACUGGUUCUUUUUGGCUGGGGCAAUAGCUCCUAUCUUGGUUUGGCUAGCACACAAGGCCUUUCCUGAUAAACAAUGGAUUAGACUUAUCAAUAUGCCCGUACUCUUAGCAGCAGUAGCUGAAAUGCCUCCAGGUACCCCAGUGAACUACACUAGUUGGGUUCUUGUUGGUUUUGCCUCAGGGUUCAUUGCUUACCGCUACUACCGUGGCUGGUGGAGCCGGCACAACUAUGUCUUAUCUGGGGGACUUGAUGCUGGAUUAGCCUUCAUGGGAGUGUUGCUUUACUUGUGUUUGGGGAUGAAGCAAAUCAACCUAGAUUGGUGGGGCAGUGAUUUGGAUGGAUGCCCUCUAGCUUCUUGUCCAACUGCUAAAGGGAUCAAAGCUGAAGGGUGCCCUCUUUACUGAGUUGUAGAUGACAUAAUUGUGCAGUUAUAGUAGUAAGUAACAAAGUUAUUUAUACAUAUCUCCCCAAAAAAGUAAUGUUAUUUGUAUAUAAAUGUCUGUACAAUUCUUGAUUCAUUAAUGUUUGUAAGGUUGAGUAUAAGUUUUGUAGAGGUUUCUCAUAUCGAUGUAAUGAAUAUUGAUGUCAAUUUGCAUUCUAUUUAUGAAUAUGCCUAUCAAUUCACU